AUGCCAUCGCCAAUCUGCCUGAAAUGGGGAUACUGUCAACUUGCCAUCAACAAGGAGUCGGGGGAUGUCUUUGCCACGGAUUUCGAUCGUCCGCUUCCGGUCAGAAUACCGCCGCUGGGCUUAUUCGUGAAGUAUGGAGCCGACGUAACUGUGACCGAGGCUGCGACUCAAGUCAUGGUGCGCGAGCGACUCUGCGGCCAAGUACCGAUCCCCGAAGUCUUUGGAUCCACCGAGGAUGAAAACCAGAGGUUUAUCUACAUGGAAUUGCUUGAGGGCAAGACCUUGCUAGAAAGGUGGUGCGAUAUGAGCGAAGAUGAGAGACUCACGGUCUGCCACGAACUCCAAACAAUGGUGAAGGCAUGGAGGGCUUUGACCCCGGACCAACAUGAUUACUAUGUCGAGGCUAUCCUCGAGCAUCGCCCUACCCUUGUGGGUCCAUUCCUAGGUGAAAACGCCGUCCAACAAUUUCAAGACACUUGCGGGAUCGUCAUCGCCCGUGAAGAACCGAUUACGUUCACUCAUAACGAUUUGGUCCCCCUCAACAUCGUUCUUACGCCCGGGCCAAGCCCCAAAAUUGCAGCGAUCAUUGACUGGGCCCAGGCUGGGUGGUAUCUCGCGUACUGGGAGUAUUGCAAGGCGCGACGAGUCAGGGUACAUUCGGAUAACCCCAGAUUCGACGACGCGGUUCAAGAAGAAUGGUGGGCUAAGUACCUGCCCAUGAUUCUGAAUCCCGUGGAUGAUCAAGCUUACUAUCACCCUUGGCUGUGGUUUGUAUUGUCCAAGGGCUUUUAA